CUCGAUUCAAUCGACUUUCUGGUUGGCUUUGAGUCCUAUACUACUAUUACAUAAUUCAUCUGCUUGAUCAAUAUGGCAGAAGACAAGUUUGCGAUUCACGCUGCCGCCCGGGAGGGUAAAGUGUCCGUCGUCGAGUCUCUGCUCAACGCCAACCCCAAGCUCGCUCAACGCAAGGACGACGAUGGCCGUCUCCCCAUCCACUGGGCCUGUUCCUACAACCGCAAGGAAGUCGUUGAGCUACUCGUGAACCAAAAGGGCUUUGAUCCCGAUGUUGAAGACGACAUGGGCUGGACCCCCUUCAUGAUCUCCGCCUCAGUCAAAGACUCCGACGCCAUAAUCGACCUCCUCCUCGCCCGCGGCGCCGACAUCAACCAAACCAACCACCAAUCGCAAACCGCCCUACACUUCAUCGCCUCCAAAAACAACAUCGACCUCGCGCGCAAGCUUUUGUCUCCAGACAUGAAACCCAAGCCUGCCUCGGUCCGGGUCAAGGACAAACGGGGGCAAUACCCCUUGCACCGCGCCGCGGCUAUUGGGUCGGUGCCAAUGAUCAAUCUUUUGUUGCAACACAAGUCGCCGAUCAACGCCAGCGACAACGCGGGGUAUACGCCGCUGCAUCAUGCAGUGGCCGAGGGACAUGGGCAUGCGGCUGUUGCGUUGUUGAAGGCCGGAGCGGAGACGGACAAGAAAGAUAUGGAUGGGUAUCUGGCGUUGGAUCUGGCGCCGGAUAAGGACGUGAGGAGGUUUAUUGAGAAAGAGGCAGAGAAGGAGGGGAUUGAACUUUAGGUUACCUCGUUUGUAGGUGCAGGUUGGGGGUAGGUGUGGCGAAGAUGACAUGACGAGGAGAAUGAGCGUUGACUUGAGUUGCUCCGAAGAAAGGGAAAGGCAUAUGAGGAAGUGGUUUACACAAAGUUGUGAUACCUUGAGCUAACCCAAUAUCUAUGGACAUCAAGAUCCAAAAUAUUUGAAACAUCCUUAUUCAC